AUGAAACUCUCUACCUUGGUACUGGCCGCUCUGACCGCGGUUGCCGUGGCUGAUGACUACAAGUCCAUCUCCUGUGACGUGGAUAACCACUGUCCCGAAGACAAGCCCUGCUGCUCUCAGUACGGUGAAUGUGGUACCGGCGCUUACUGCCUCGGAGGCUGUGACCCCAAGUCUUCCUUCGAGCUCAAGUCCUGUAUGCCCAUGCCCGUCUGCAAGAAGCGACAGAGCAAGUUCACUUCCAUGGAUCGAAUCGCAAAGAACACUGAGUACCUCGGAGACGCCGAGAACUUCGACUGGGUCUACACCGGUAACUUGAUUCAGCAGAACAACGGUUUGCUUCUGACCAUGCCCAAGAACUCUGUCGGAACCGUGCUCUCCUCCACCGACUACAUGUGGUAUGGUAAGGUUUCCGCAACCUUCAAGUCUUCUCACCUGCAGGGUGUUGUUUCGGCCUUCAUUCUCUUCUCCGAUGUCAAGGAUGAGAUCGAUUACGAGUUUGUUGGUGCCGAUGUCAACACUGUUCAGACCAACUACUACUGGCAGGGAGUGCUCGACUGGACUCACGGAAUAAACAUUUCUGUCGAUAACACUCACGAGAAUUUCUUCACUUACUCCAUCGACUGGACUCCCGACCAGAUCACCUGGGCUGUUGACGACCAACCUGGUCGAGUUCUCAAGAAGUCCGAUACCUGGGACGAAAAGACCAAGUCUUACAUGUACCCCCAGACUCCCUCUCGAAUCCAGCUGUCUCUGUGGCCCGCUGGACAGGCCUCUAACGCCGAGGGAACCAUUGCCUGGGCCGGAGGAGAGAUUGACUGGGACGCUGAAGAUAUCCAGAAAUACGGAUACUACUACGCGACUGUCACCGAGAUCGAUGUCGACUGUUACGAUCCCCCCGCUUCUGCCAAGAAGUCUGGAGACAAGUCUUACCGAUACACCGACCUGAACGCCAUGGAGGCCGAUGUCGAGAUUACCGGUGAUGAUACUGUCCUCGCUUCUUUCGACGCUACUGGUGCUGACCCUGAGAAGGACGACGGAUCCAAGAACGGAACUGCUCCCACCGGUAUGAUGCAACACCCCGACAACGACCCUAACAUUGCUAACGUCACUGGUGGUGUCGCAGCCAGCACGAAGAAGACCACAUCCGUGGCUUCUUCUACCGAGUCCCUGGAGGACGUGUCUGGUUCCGCCAUCAAGAAGUCUACUUCUUCCAAGGAGUCCACCUCUUCUGACGCUGACCCUACCGAGGUUGUUUCUGGUGAGCGAGUUUCCUCCAAGGAGACCAGCUCUGCUUCUGCCUCUUCUGGCAACAACAACGGCGGCAACAACAACAACGGCGGCAACAGCGGUUCUGCAGCUGCCACCGGCUCUUCUUCUCGAAACCCUCAAGGUAACGCUGCCACCGCUUCAAACACCGGAAACGGUGGCUUCCAACAGUUCGGCCAGGCCUCUGGCUCUGCUGCUGAAAAGGCCAACACCGCUGGCUCGAACGGUAUGUCUUCACUUCUCUUGGCCGGAGCUCUGGCUGCUGCCUCUCUGCUCAUGUAA